CUUUCUGCGCAUGCGUAUUGGAAAUUCGAAUCGGAUUGCAUAGACGUUAGCAUUUAGCAGCACUAAAGUUUGUCAGCGUACAAAACAUCAACAUGUUGAAAGAGUUGGUGAAAGAGCGACUAAUGGCGGCAGCUGAUGAAAUUUUCGCGCUGUUUGAGAGCACGAUAACGUCGUACGAGGAGGAACUUUCUCGAACGAGAGAGGAGAAGGAGCGACAUCGACAACAACUGGAAGCUGCUCGCAAAACUCAAAUUGUGCUACACGUUGAAGGCGUUCAGCAGCAAGAAGAACGUCCCCCUACGCCACAGGAAGGAAGCUCCAAGUUGAAGCACGAGUUUCCACAGCCCCCCCACGUUAAAGAGGAAGAACAAGAACUCUGGAUCAGUCAGUCAGGAGGAGGGUGUUUUUUCGGAUUGCAGGAUUCUAAUCCCACCACGUUGCCUCUGACUGGUGUCUCUGUGAAGACUGAAGACCAUGAAGACAAACCCCAAGUUGACAACCUGUUAGCUCCUCUAUCAGAUAGUGACGACAUAACAUCACACUCUAUUAAGGAUAAAGACAAGCAUUACAUCCAAGAACCUUUGAGCAGCGAUACAGACUGUGAGGGUGAUACCAGGACUCACAAUGACAACCAACACCUUGAAUGCUCUGCAAAGAAGACAGUUAAAACAAGUUUUAUCUGCUCAUUUGGUGCCAACAGCUUACAAGAUACAAGGAAUUUUGCUCCACAAACAAGGACACACACUGGAGAAAAACCUUUCAAUUGCUCAGUUUGUGGCAGUACAUUUUCUCGGAAGGACUAUUUGACCAAACACAUGAGAACGCACACAGGAGAAAAACCUUUCAGUUGCUCAUAUUGCGGACUGAAAUUUUCUCGCACGUACUGCCUGAAAAUACACAUGAGAAGACACACAGGAGAGAGACCUUUUAUUUGUUCAGUUUGUGGGAAGAAAUACUGUCGGAAUGACAGCCUGCAAUUACACAUGAGAAAACACACAGUAGAAAUACAUUUUAUUUGUCCAGUUUGUCGUACAUUUUUUGCUGAUGAGCAGAGUUUGACGGCACACAUAUCUGCACACAAUGGACACAAAAUGUAAUUCGCAAAUAAAAACAGAAUACAAUGAUUUGCAAAUCCUUUUCAACUUAUAUUUAAUUGAACAGACUGCAAAGAAAAUAUUUUUAAUAUUUGAACUGAGAGACUUAUUUUUUUUUGCAAAUAAUCAUUCACUUAGAAUUUAAUGGCAGCAACACAUUGCAAAAAAAGGUGUCACCGGGCCAUUUUUACCACUGUGUUACAUGGCCUUUCCUUUUAACAACAAUCAGUAAAGGUUUGGGAACUGAAGAGAUCAAUUUUUGAAGCUUUUCAGGUGGAGUUCUUUCCCAUUCUUGCUUGAUGUACAGCUUAAGUUGUUCAACAGUCUGGCGGUCUCCGUUGUGGUAUUUUAGGCUUCAUAAUGCGCCACACAUUUUCAUUGGGAGACAGGUCUGGACUACAGGUAGGCCAUUCUAGUCUCUUUUUACAAAGCCACGCUGUUGUAACACGUGCAGAAUAUGGUUUGGGAUUAUCUUGCAGAAAUAAGCAGGGGCGUCCACUAUAACCCUGUUUGGAUGGCAACAUAUGUUGCUCCAAAACUUGUAUGUACCUUUCAGCAUUAAUGGUGUCUUCACAGAUGUGUAAGUUACCCAUGCCUUGGGCACUAAUACACCCCCACACAGAUGCUGGCUUUUGAACUUUACGCCGAUAACAAUCUGGAUGGUUCUUUUCCUAUUUCUCUUGGAGGACACAAUGUCCACAGUUUCCAAAAUCAAUCCGAAAUCUGGACUCGUCAGACCACAGAACACUUUUCCACUUUGCAUCAGUCCAUUUAAGAUGGGCUCGGGCCCAGCAAAACUGGCUGUGUUUAUGGGUGUUGUUGAUAAAUGACUUUCGCUUUGCAUAGUUCAGUUUUAACUUGCACUUACAGAUAUAGGGACCAACUGUAGUUACUGAUAGUGUUUUUUUGUAGUGUUCCUCAGCCCAUGUGGUGAUAUCCUUUACACACUCAUGUCGCUUUUUGAUGUAGUAUCGCCUGAGGGAGUGAAGAUCCGUAAUAUCAUCGCUUAUGCGCAGUGAUUUCUCCCGAUUCUCUGAACAUUUUGAUGCUAUUACGGACCUACAUGGUAAAAUCCCUACAUUUCUUGCAAUAGCUCAUUGAGAAAUGUUGUUCCUAACCUGUUGGACAAUUUGCUGAUGCAUUUGUUGACAAAGUGGUGACCCUCGCCCCAUCCUUGUUUCUGAAUGAUUGAGCAUUUCAUAGAAGCUGCUUUCAUACCCAGUCAUGGCACCCACCUGUUCCCAAUUAGCCUGUUCACCUGUGGGAUGUUCCAAAUUAGUGUUUGAUGAGCAUUCCUCAAGUUUCACAGUCUUUUUUGCCACUUGUGCCAGCUUUUUUGAAACAUGUUGCAGGCCUCAAAUUCCAAUUGAGCUAAUGUUUGCAAAAAAUAGCAAAGUUUACCCGUUCAAACAUUAAAUAUCUUGUCUUUGCAGUCUAUUCAAUUGAAUAUAAGUUGAAAAUUAUUUUUUAAUUAGUGUAUUCUGUUUUUAUUUACCAUUUACACAACGUGACAACUUCACUGGUUCUGGGUUUUGUAUAUUAGGAGCAUUUAUAAUGUAAUCUACUGGAAGACUCUUUCUGUUAUUUCUGCCUGCCACUAAUGUGUGUUUGUAAGAUGUCUAACACAUUAAACAUUUAACAACGUGCUUUGUUGUUGUUUUUUUUUUAGUUCUGUUGUAGCUCGAUUUAUUUAUAAAAAAAAAAGUACAGUGUACCUUUUAUUACAGGGAUCAAGAUGGUUGUUGUGCAGCAAACAGAGUGUGAACCGAGUACGCAAGGGGCCUAGAUCUUACUGCCAAAAGCAGAUACAAGCACAGAAAUCAAACUAUGCAAUGGAAUAGAUCCCUAUAUGUUAUCAAAAAAGGAUUUUUAAAGGGUAUUAAAUAAUCAGGUAUUAUCCCUUGGUGGACAUAUUGAACUAUCUUGUUCUCUGACGUCUACAUGACAAAACAAAUGAAAGCGUGGAAAAGCAUGAAGGUCUACAACUUUUUUGUGUGCGGCUAGGACACGAAAACGGAGUGGGUUUCAUUUCAUGACGUUCUCAUAAAUCGUCGAGCUGCAACAAUGCCUUCAG